AUGAUAGAACUCAAAGUACCGUUGUUAAAUGAGUUUCUGGCUCGUCAAAUUCUCGAUGCUUGGUUAGAUGAAGAUCGACGUUGUUUGACACCAAUUCAACUCGAUUGGCUCAAAUCGAAAUUAUCUUCAUCGUAUUUUCUUACACCUUUAUUUCUCUCUCUCAUUUACGAUCAAACACUCUCAUGGCAUUCAUUCGAUACUGAGCCCGAUCAAACUUUUCUUGCCAUUAAAAGCACACGUGAUGCUAUCGGAUAUCUAUAUACACAAUUAGGAAAAAAAUAUGGUCAAGUUUUAUUCACACGUUCCAUGCGCUAUCUACAAUUAUCUGGUGGUUUGAGUGAACUAGAGUUGGAAGAUAUUCUUUCAUUAGACAAUACAGUUCUUCAAUCUGUCUAUGCCCAUUAUCUUCCACCAUUUGGUCUCUUUCGAUUACCAUCGACGUUAUGGAUUCGUAUUCGAAAUGAUAUGUAUAAAUAUUUAAUCGAAAAGGAAAUCGAUAAUGUCCCAUGUAUCUAUUUGUGA